CCGCAUUCCGUUCUAAUGACAAGCGACAGUCGCACAUGGCAGCCAUGGCUAAAUGUAGCUCAUGGAAGCGGGAGAUGUGAAAGUGGCUGUUUUAACGACUGACAUUCAGGGGGUGGCUGUGUGCAUUGUGUCCCGGAUCGGCCUCCAUCCCUGCCAGGCCUCUCGCACCUCAUGUCCCAGUCGGCUUGCAGAGCUGCGGAUGCCGGCGGCCCCAUUGAUGUGUCCAUCAUCCUGCCCAUGUACAAUGGUGCCCGCUGGCUGCCUGCCUGCCUGCAGGCCGUGCUGGACCAGGACUUCCAGGGAACCAUGGAGCUGUGCGUCUUUGAUGACGCCAGCAAGGACGACUCGCUGGACAUCGUCUCCUGCUGGGCUGCACGGCUGGAGCAACAAGGGAUCCCCACGCUUGUCUCGGGACACAAAUCGACUGAGCCCAGGGGAGUGGGAUAUGCCAAGAACCAGGCUGUGGCCCAGAGCAGGGGCCGGUACCUGUGCUUCCAGGACGUGGAUGACGUCAUGAUGCCAGAGCGGGUGCGCCUGCAGUGUGAAGCAGCCGUUCGAAACCCCAGCAGCAUCAUUGGCUGCCAGAUUCGUCGGGAGCCGGAGGGAUCUACUGAGCGUUAUACACGCUGGAUAAACUCCCUGAGCCCAGAGCAGCUCCUCACCCAGGUCGGCUCCACGUCUCCUCACUUCCGUCUGCUUGUUCAGCAUCGUACAGUCUCACUCUGCCUCUUUCUGCUGCACUCGGCCCCACUUUGUGUCUCCGUGCUCUACCCUGCCCCCACCUUGACUCUCCCUGCCCCCACCCUGCCUCUCCAUGCUCUACCUUGCCUCACCAUCUUCACCCUGUUUCACUCUCCCUCACCAGCUCCACUCUGCCUUACUCUGCUUGACUCUGACCCACCCUGCCUCUUUCUGUUGCACUCGGCCCCACUUUGUGUCUCCGUGCUCUACCCUGCCCCCACCUUGACUCUCCCUGCUCUACCUUCUCCACCCUGCCUCACCCUGCUUGACUCUGCCCCACCCUGCCUCUCCCCAUGCUUCCCUGCUCCACCCUGCGGUGUUCCAGAGGACCUGCUCUUCUUCUACCAGAGUCUUCGUCAGGGCGGCGGAGUGUGCCGUGUGGACCGCUGCCUGCUGGUGUAUAGCUACCACGAGCAAGCGGCCAGCCAGUCUGUGGUAGAAGAGACUAUCUGGAAGCAUCGCGUGAUGUUCCUGCAGGAGCGAGUUCUAAGCCAAUGGGACGCCUUCACCAUCUGGAAUGCUGGGAAACAAGGUCGACGGCUGUACCGCAGCCUGAGCCCAACCAAUCAGAAGAAGGUACGGGCCUUUUGUGAUGUUGACCACAAGAAGAUAAGAAAAGGCUUUUACACUUACGAGGAGUCUGAGGUAGGUCCUUGGUUGUGUCAUGCCCUCACUGGAACUGCAUGCUCAUUGGGCCUCCAGGCUGACAAACCUUCUCUCUCUGCCCUUUAUUCAUAAAAAGAUUUACCCCAGGGGGAUUUACCUGCUGUUGGCUCUAGAGCUGGGUCAUAUGGCCUAAAAAUAAAAUUUCCGUUUUUUUUCACAAUAAAUCCGAUUUCCGAUUUUAAUCGAUUUUCCCCUCCCCUACUCACAAUCAAACUACA